GGAGGUUUAUCUCGUCGCGCGGCGAUGACGCGCUGCGCCUUCGCUAAAGCUUUUUGCGCCGAUCGCUCCCGCUUCAUGCGCUGCGCCGUCGCCGGGUUCAUGCCCGAGGACCUACCGAACAAUUCACGGGACGCGGCGUCCGUGAUCGACGCCGUCCGCGCCGUCGUGCGUACCAGACCGGCCGGCAGGCCCAGGGCCGCGGCGCGUUCCGCGGGCGGCAGGUUUAGUAAAUUCGUCGUCGGCGGUGGCGGUGGUGCACGGGGGCCCUGCACCGCCGCGCGGAACGCCUCGAGCUGGUCGCUGUCCGCGGCCGCGAGCUCGGCAUCGUUCUCCGCGGCGACGGCGCGGCGACGUUUUUUCUCCUUCUUCCGUUCCUUCUUCCGGCGCUUCCGUUUCUUUUCUUCCUUGCGCUCGCGCUUCCGCUUCUUCUCUUUCUUGCGCCGCCGCUUGCGCUUGCGGUCCUCGCUGCUGCUGCUCGAGCUGCUGCUCGAGCUCGACGACGAGCUCGACGACGACGACGCCAUUUGUGCGCACCGCUUUGCGUCUAGUGCUAGCUAGGGGCACUGCCGCACACUGUGGCGCACCGCUCGCGAUCGCUGCGCACCAAUGCGGCGCGCUACAGCUUGUGUGCACACUGCUCUUGCUGUGAUAGACCUCUGCGACGCGCAGCGCUGCGAAAAUUGAUAGAGGUGGCUUCUUGGAUCAGUUAUAGCUGCACCGCGAGCAUGAACGCGCCAGGCAUGCCAAAGCCUAGCGCUAUCCGGCCGCCCCGAGCGCAUUGCGCGGGUUUUGGUCGCGCUGGAUUGCAUUAAUCGGCCUGUAGCCGCCUAAGUGAGCAUCGUCGUUCU